AGUCGCGGAGAGUUGGUCCUUUUAAUGCUGUGAACUGCCAAGUGGCAAGUCUUUGAAUUGCCCUAGGAGAUUCGAGUUGUUGUCUUGUUUCCAUUUUCAACAGCAGUUGAAUGCUUGGAUUGUCUGUAUACGUUAUUGGAAAGAUAGAAUAAAAUCCGCAGUGGAGGUGUUGCAUUGUUUUGAUUUCUUAAGACAGCAGUUUAACGGAGUUCUUCGCUUUUACAAGCGAUUCUGGUUUUGUGGAUGCACUUAGAUGUUUGCAAUGAGCACUGUGGCUGGCAUGCCCCAGUGUUUUGGAUGCCAACGCACAGGACUCCAUAGUAACCGAAUUUAUCAAAAACGAAUGUCAUGAGCAUAGUGGUGCCUGGAGGGGUUGACAGAACGGAGACUUCAUACUGCAGAAUGGCUGCAGGUUCGGAGCCCGAAUCUGUAGAAGCCAGUCCUGUGGUGGUUGAGAAGUCAAACAGUUACCCACACCAGUUGUAUACCAGCAGUUCUCAUCAUUCACAUGGUUAUAUUGGCUUACCCUAUGCAGACCAUAAUUAUGGUGCUCGUCCACCACCAACGCCUCCAGCUUCUCCUCCUCCAACCAGCAAAAGUGAUGUCACUGGCACUUACGCAUGUAACUUAGAUGAGACUUCUAAUGCUACUACUAUCAGCACUUCAGAUGAUGGAAGCUAUAGCACUGAUGUUACCAGGUGUAUAUGCGGUUUCACCCAUGAUGAUGGAUAUAUGAUAUGUUGUGAUAAGUGCAGUGUGUGGCAGCAUAUAGACUGCAUGGGGAUCGACAGGAAGCACAUUCCAGAUACUUACUUGUGUGAACACUGCCAACCCAGGAGCUUGGACAGAGACAAGGCAGUCUUACUUCAGACGAGGAAAAGAGAAAAUAUGUCAGAUGGAGACACAAGUGCAACAGAAAGUGGUGAUGAAGUACCGGUGGAGUUACACACAGCAUUUCAACACACCUUAACGACUGUCCCCUUAACUGCAACAAGAAUCACCAAAGUAAUAGAUAAAAAGAGGAAGAAAAGUAGAGAGAGGGAACAGAAUACAUCAAAACCCAGAAAGGCCUUCCGUGAAGGUUCUAGAAAAUCUUCUAGAGUUAAGAGUUCUCCUCCAGAUGCUGAUUCUUCUGACCAUUCAGACUUCACUUGGGAAAAUAAAAUUAAAUUGUGGAUGGACCGUUACGAAGAAGCUAGUAGCAAUCAGUACAGUGAAGAUGUUCAGCGGGAAGCACAGCGUCUAGCAUCUGGGCUGGGGGAGGGAAACAGCAAAAAGGAGAACAAUCAGUCGGACUUGAGUAGCGAUGUAUCACCGUUCAAGCCACCUGUAGAGAGUCAUUUGCAGAAAAACAAGAAAAUACUGAAGGCUUCUAAGGAUCUUCCUCCAGAUGCACUUAUUAUUGAGUAUAGAGGGAAGUUUAUGCUGCGAGAACAAUUUGAAGCCAAUGGUCAUUUCCUUAAACGACCUUAUCCAUUUGUUUUAUUUUAUUCCAAAUUUCAUGGACUGGAAAUGUGUGUGGAUGCAAGGACCUUUGGGAAUGAGGCUCGCUUUAUCAGACGAUCUUGUAUGCCUAAUUCAGAGGUGCGUCAUGUUGUUGAAGAUGGAACAGUCCACCUUUAUGUCUAUUCUAUUCAGUCAAUUUCAAAAGGAACUGAAAUUACCAUUGCAUUUGAUUUUGAUUAUGAUAGCUGUAAGUACAAGGUUGAUUGUGCAUGCCUCAGUGGAAACCCUGACUGUCCAAUCCUUAAACAAAAUUCAGAACCAGCAGAAAAUGUCAUUGGUGGAUAUGAGACCAGAAGAAGAAAAGGGAAAAAAGAAAGAGAAGCUUUAAAAGAUGAGGUUCACAAUCAAAACAUUUGCCUGGAUGGUGAAGGAACAGCAAUUAAGCCAACAUUGUCAGAGAACAAACAAAGCAGGCUUUCACCUCUUAGACUGUCCAUAUCCAGUAACCAGGAGCCAGAUUUAAUUGAUGAUAUAGAAGAAAAAACUCCCAUUAGCAAUGAAGUAGAAAUGGAAUCAGAGGAACAAAUUGCAGAAAGAAAAAAAAAGAUGACAAGAGAAGAGAGAAAGAUGGAAGCUAUACUGCAGGCAUUUGCAAGGAUGGAAAAGAGAGAGAAAAGAAGGGAACAGGCAUUAGAAAGGAUCAGUACAAAACCUGACAUAAAAGUGGAAGCUAAAGAUGAACCUACUGUCAAUGAUGCAGAACCUGUACAGGAACCAGUAAGAGAGGAAAUUACCAGCAAGCAGACUCCUGCCAAAGUAAACAAAUCUAAGCAGAGGAAGAGCUUUUCUCGUACAAGAACACACAUUGGACAGCAGCGCAGAAGACAUCGAACUGUUAGUACAUGUUCUGAUAUCACACCUUCCUCUCCUGAUGUUGAGAUUUCCAUGCAGCAUGGUGAUUCAGAAGUUGGUGUGAACAUUAUAGAACAAGAUAGUGAGCCUCAUCAUCUUGAUCAGCCCACUGAUUCAAUUACAGUGGUUGCAGACCCAGCAUCUCCACUUCCAAAUAGAUGUUUCACUAAGUAUCCCAAGACAAAAAAGCACUUAGUCACUGAAUGGCUAAAUGAGAAGACCGAAGGAACAACAGAUGGUAUUUAUGAAAGACCGCUUCGUGUAACUUCAGACCCUGAAGUUCUUGCUACACAGCUGAACUCCUUACCAGGUCUCAGUUAUAGUCCACAUGUGUACUCCACUCCUAAGCACUAUAUUCGUUUUACUUCCCCAUUUUUGUCAGAAAAGAGGAGAAGAAGGGAUCCACUGGAAAAGAUAACUGGUUCUUGCAAGAAGCGAUGGCUAAAGCAAGCAUUAGAAGAGGAAAAUGAUACAAUUCCUGACCAAGUCGAUUCACCAUCUUAUGAAGCAUACAGAAGUCCAGGAACUAAUGGUGACUGCAAUAGUCCUCUUUCCAUGAAUGGCAGUUUUUCUAUUUCAGAAUAUUUCAUCACCGGAAAGUUCUCCAGAAGUUAGGCAGAGAUCUUACAGUCACGAGGGAUGUGAGAGAGCAACUACUUUACCAUUGAACACUUUCAGAAGUUCAAGUUUAAUAGAUGUGGGGCCACAGGAAGUAAAAGUUGUUGGAUGUCCGAGCCCAAAGAGCAAGUGUGAUGGAAGUGGACAGUGUAAUUCUGAUAAAGAUUUUUCAUCAGAUUUUCAACCUGGACAUGAUACAGUUGAGGAAAAUGCACUGCCAAAAACCUUGGAUGUUACAUAUCAUCAUGACAGAACUGUUGCUGUCAGCCAGUCAGAAGAAUCUUGUAGUGGUCAUGUUCCUUCUUGGACAAAAAGCCCAGAUAGGACAAGCAUAAACUUUUUAACUAUGAAUUCUAACCUUAGGGACUUGACACCUUCACACCAUCUUGAGGUUGGGAGUGGAUUCAGGGUGAAUGAGCCAAAGUGCAUGCCUCAUGAGGAAUGUAGAGGUCCCUUCAUAGAAGCAUCUUGUUACUAUUCCUCAGAAGAUGUAAUAAUAGCUGGCUAUGGACGAGUUGCUGUUAGUGACAGCUUAUUGGAUGGAAGUUGUAUGCCACAGAAUCCUCCACAAAAGAAAAAAGUCUCUCUACUAGAAUAUCGCAAAAGACAGCGUGAAGCAAGGAAGAGUGGCUCUAAAGUCGAAAGCUGUUUUCCAGUUGCCAUGUCACCCCACCCUAAUUUUGUCAUCAGCAGUUUCAGUUCUAGUGGCAAUGGUAACAGUGGUGCUGAUAAUGCUGCCCCUUGUGUAAGCAGCAAGAAUAAUAAUGGGGAACAAGGCGAGAUAGUUGCUACAGUAUCAUCUUUAUUUGAAGCAAGUGAAAACCCUUCUGAGGAAAAUGACAGUACUUCUCCAGCCACAGAGAUCUGUUUAGAUGAAAAGAGUGAUCCUGAAGUUCAGUGGAUUGCUUCAACAUCUGUAGAGCAAGUGAGAGAGAGAAGCUACCAAAGGGCUUUGCUUCUUAAUGACCAUAGGAAAGACAAUGAUGUUUCUGGUAACAAUACUCCAGAGCUUCUGUGUGCUAAGGAAUGUUGGUCUCCCAGUAAUUCUGAGGUGAUGUGCAGAAGCCCUUCAAAGUUCAGCAAGCCAUGUUCACCAGCACCUUCCCUUUCUGUGCAUUUACUUGGAAAAGAACCUGGAAAAUUGGAUUGUCAACAUGAGACUGACAUACAUAUAAUGGAGGCAGAGGGCAUAAGCCUUGAAAAGUCAGAAUGUCAUCAGAAGCUGCAUUCUCAGCAUCUUACAAAUGCUGUCCAGUCCUUGACAAAAAGUCAUCCUCCACAACAGCAUUUAAGAAGUUUAAGUGAACAGUGUUCACAAAGUCAAACUUUGGUUCCUAUGAAGUUGCAGUGCCCUCCAUCACCCCAUACAGAACAUUCUCCUAUGCCUGCUACUCCUCAAACACCAUUGCAACAUGGAUAUCUUUCACCAAAGCCUCAUUCCCAGCAGAUGGGAUCUCCAUUCCGAUCUCACCUUUCUCAGUCCUCUCAGGUUGGGACUCCACAAAGAGAUUGUCAAAGAGGAUAUUAUCCAUCAUCUCAGAGUCUUCAGUCCUCACCUCAGCAACAGACUGGUGGAUCUUUGUUUAACCAGCCAUCAUCAGGACAUUCUUCAACAAGUUAUGGUCAGUUUAGCCAGCAAACUGUAAGUAGCACUGCUGUUCCUCUUCCUCCACCACCCCCUCCUUGUAGUUAUUAUCAAAACCAGCAACCUUGUGGGAACUUUCAAAGUUUUGGUCAUUUGCAGAGUGGAAUUCCUCAGCAAGGAUCAUUUGUCACAGGAUCUGGCCAAGCAGCGGUUUCAGGACAUCAUGCAACAUCUUCAGGGCAUUAUGUGUCUCCUCAGAGUGCCAGUUCACUUCUUCAAGGUUCUCCAUCAACAGUUCCUCCACCACCACCACCUCCUCCUCCUCCUGGGACUGGAGCUCAUCAUUCACCUCCAUCAGGAUUGCACCAACAGCAUCAAGCAGCACUUGCCACAGCAACUGUUCAGGCAGUACCAGCAGAUCAAGGAACGCACAUUCAAUCCCAGUCAAGCGGACAUCAUUUGCCACCAUCAUGUUCUGCACAUCACCACCAUCAUUCACUUCCUGCAGCAGGAUCCCAGACACUGCCAGCACAGCACCAGCAUGCUCAUAAUACUACACCACUGCCCCCUCCACCUCCACCACCACAGCAACAGAAUUCCAGUUCUUUAGGAUCAGGACAUCAAGCCACAGUACAAGGAUUGCAACAUCAGACUCACCAAGUACCUCACCAUUUUUCUUCAGGUGCUCAUCAGACAUUAGCUUCUUAUUCAUCACAAGCCUCACAUCAUGCUGCUUUAGGAGCUGGGCCUCUACAACAGUCUGCCAUAACAGGACCUCAUCAUCCUUUACCAAAUCAAGGUCCAGCUAGUAUUUCAGCCCCUGUAACCUCAGGAUUUGGUCCUCAUUCGAGCCCUGUUAACCUUAAUGGAAGUCCGGGACUUCAGCAGGCACCAGUUCCUGGACAGAUCCCUGUUCACCGACCGCAAGUGCCACCAACUUUUCAAAAUAAUUAUCAUGGCUCAGGCUGGCAUUAGAUUGGACUACAGAAACUAGAAACUUUUUUAAAAGUGUGUACAUGUUGUAGAUAUUUUAUGCGUACCUAUUUGUGGUACUUUUUAAAAUUUGUAAAUUAAACUUUGUAUAAAAGAAAGUACCAGUGCUAAUACUUAUUUUUCUGCAUACAGCCUUUUGUAAAGUCUUGGAAUUGUACAUGUGCUGUUAACCAGUAUUAUUUUUUUGUUUGUUUGUUUUUUGGGUUGUUUUGUUUGUUUUUGUUCGUUUUUCUAAAUAAACAUUCCAGCAGUUUUCCAAGUUGUGUAAAGUUAACAGAGACUUCAAAACUUAUUGUUCCAUUUGGUUUCAUUUAAUGAAUGGUUUCAUAUUAUUUUUUAUACUUUGUGUCUAUAUAUAUA